AUGGUCGUCGAGCUGGUCCGGAAUCUGGGCCUCGACGUCAUGCUUAGCAAACGUGUAGGCAAAAUUCUGACCAACGACGACAACGCCGUCCGUGGCAUCAUCUUCGAAGAUGGCGAGGAGAUGGAGUGCUCGGCCAUCAUGUUCGGAAUUGGUAUCAAAGCACGCGACGAGCUUGCUCGUGCGGCUGGGAUCAAAUGUGCUGAGCGAGGAGGUGGCAUCGUCGUCAACAACGAUCUCCGGACAUCGGAUCCCAAUAUCUAUGCCAUUGGCGAGUGCGCCAGUUGGGAGAACCAGACAUUCGGUCUCAUUGCGCCUGGAAUCGAGCAAGCAGACGUUCUGUCGUUCAACUUCACCCAGGCAAAGGUGCAUAGCCCACGGACGUUCAAACGUCCGGAUCUCAGCACCAAGCUCAAGCUAUUAGGUGUGGAGGUUGCCUCAUUCGGCGACUUCUUCGCUGAUCGAGAUGGACCAAAAGACUUGCCAGCCCGGCGCGGGGCAAAGAAGGAAGAGAAAACCAACGGUGCCGGUGCCAAAGGGUCACCACCAUCCACUGUCAAAGCGUUGACCUACAAAGACCCCUUCCAAUCCAUCUACAAGAAGUACCUCUUCACGACGGACGGCAAAUACCUGCUUGGAGGCAUGAUGAUCGGCGAUACCAAAGACUACAUCAAACUCGUUCCUAUGGUCAAGAACAGAAAAGCCCUCGAGAAUGGCGAUGACCUCGACGACGACACACAGAUCUGCUCAUGCCACAAUGUCGCCAAGCGCGAUGUCGUAGAACAAGUCAAGAAUGGCACAUGCAAAUCGCUUGGCGAAGUCAAGUCCUGCACCAAGGCCGGCACGGGUUGUGGUGGCUGUAUGCCAAUAGUGACGAGCAUCUUCAACAAGACGAUGAAGGACAUGGGUCAGACCGUGCUCAACCAUUUGUGUCCACACUUCAAGUACAGCCGAGCAGAUCUGUACAACAUCAUUUACGUAAAGAAACUGGACAGCUUUUCGGCAGUGAUGAAGGAGGUCGGAUCCGAGGAGGGCUCCACUGGGUGCGAGCUGUGCAAGCCGGCCGUUGGCAGUAUCUUGGCUGGCAUGUACAACAAGCACGUCCUGGAGAAGCCUUUGCACGGGCUGCAAGACACCAACGACAAAUACCUUGGCAACAUCCAGCGCAACGGCACGUACUCAGUUAUGCCUCGUGUGUCAGGCGGCGAAAUUACUCCAGACAAACUGGUCAUCAUCGGACAAGUUUCGAAGAAGUACGAUCUCUACACCAAGAUUACUGGUGGCCAGCGAAUAGACAUGUUCGGCGCCAAAAAGCACGAUCUGCUUGACAUCUGGACAGAGCUCGUCAAUGGCGGUAUGGAAAGUGGUCACGCAUACGCGAAGAGUCUACGUACAGUCAAGAGUUGUGUCGGCACCACGUGGUGCCGCUUCGGCAUUGGCGACUCGGUUGGCAUGGCCGUCCGAGUCGAAGAACGCUACAAAUCAAUCCGCUCCCCACACAAGUUGAAGGGCGGCGUGAGUGGCUGUGUCCGAGAAUGUGCUGAGGCCCAGGGCAAGGACUUCGGCCUCAUCGCAACAGACAAGGGCUGGAAUAUCUUCGUGGCUGGCAACGGAGGCGCAACACCAGUACACGCCGAGAUCCUCGCCAAAGACGUACCCCCAGACGACGUCGUCCCCAUUCUCGACCGUUACCUCAUGUUCUACAUCCGCACAGCCGACAAGCUCCAACGAACCGCCCCAUGGCUGAAAGCCCUACCCGGCGGCAUCAAAUACCUCCGCGAAGUCGUGCUAGAAGACAAGCUCGGCAUCUGCGCCGAGCUCGAAAAGCAAAUGCAAGACCUAAUCGGCACAUUCUUCUGCGAAUGGACCGAAACGAUCAACGACCCCGAGAAGCGCGCCAAGUUCCAACAGUUCGCCAACACCACAGAAAACCGCGAGCCCGCAGUCGAGAAAGUCACCGAGCGAGGCCAGUCCCGACCCGCCUACUGGGCCAAAGAGUCCGCACUCGACGACUUCAAGGGCACGCGCUGGUCAAGCCUGACUUGGCAGCCCAUGGUCGAAGCGUCGAAAUUCGUCGACAUCGACACCGGCUCAUCACAGCCCGUCAUUCGCGGCGACACGCAAUUGGCCGUCUUCAAACUCAAGGGCAAAUACUAUGCCUCCCAACAAAUGUGUCCGCAUCGACGCACAUUCGGCCUAGCAGACGGCUUAGUCGGCGAGGCCGACACCGGCGACUCCUCCGACUGCAAGGACAAGAAGCUGUACGUCAGCUGCCCGUACCACAAGCGCAACUUCCAGCUCAACGGGGAGAUCGAUUUCGAUGCCAAGGACAAGGGCGCAGGCUCUUGCUCCAACGACACCUCCAUGUCAGUGGCGACCUUCCCGGCGGAAGAGAGGGAGGACGGAUGGGUCUACCUGAAGCUGCCACCCGUGAUGGAGCUGGAUAACGUGUUGGGCACGAAGAAGUGGGCGGUCAAGGCGGAGGAGAGUUCGGAUCCGUUUGAGAGUUUGGAUAAGAAAUUGGGGCUUAAGAAGGGCCUGAGGGGCACGAAGAUGCAUAAGAUGGGUGCGAUGCCGGGGACGGGGAAUGUUGAAGCUUCUGGGAGAGGGGUGAGUGUUAGUGCGCAGAAGAGGAUUGAUUGGUAA